AUGAAUAUGCAAAAGAAUUGUUCAACUACUAUCCAUGAUGAAAGAGAAGAGGGGAAGGUGAAGCAUAGGACUUUUAUUGACAACAGAGUGGAACAAAAAGGUGGUAGAGAUGAGAUUGUUAACCAGAAGGAACCUGAUGUACAGGAACAUGACAAGCCAUUGAUGAUUAAAUCAAGAACAGAUGAAAAUGUUGCUUUGAUUUCUGACCCUCUGGUUGCGGUCAAGAAUGAAGAAUUUGUUGAUAACGUGGAGGUGAUGCCAGCUGUCAUGGAGGCACCAAAGGUUCAGAAACCAUCUACUAAUGAGUCCAUUGUGGUGAAAGAAGUAAAGCGUGUUGAAAUUGUGAAAAAAGCUACUGAAAAGAAGUCUAAGAAACAGAAAUCCUCAAAGUCACAAUCAUCUGACAUGGCUAAAACAAUAUUUAAACCCCAACAAGAAGAGCCAAAGGAACCUGAAUCUGAUUGGAACAAAGUCAAUGAGGUUGAAAUGGAAGCAUCUGAAGUAGAAGAGACCAAAUACAAUAUUCUUGAUCAUUGCUUGGAGGUGAUGAAGUCUGCUGGUUUGAAGCCAUCAUUGACCAUGUAUAACGCCUUGAUUAUUGCCUAUGCACAAAGGGUUUUAUCAAAUCAAGCAACUAAUACAUUUAGGAUCAUGACAAGUGAUGGUUUGAAGGCAAAGGAAAAAAAGUUGAAAUUGGAUCCAAUGGUAAGGUCCACCAGGUGCAGCAGCAACUUCGACGGUGAUGGCGAUGACAAUAGACUAAGGCGAGUUCAGACUGGAAGUGGGAGGGAGAAGGUAUGUUGUGUCGAAGACUUAGAGGGGCCGGAGGGCUUUGCUGCUGUCGGUGAUGGCGGAUGCAGUGGCUAG